UCAGAUUUGUGAUUGCGAUUUCCAGUUUCUGGUUUUUCUCUCUCCUCCUUUUUGUUUCUCUCUCUUUGCCGUUUCAAUUCCUAACGUUGUAACGCAACAGAAGUACAAGAAAAUGGUGAACCGAGAAAGACCCAGGUGAGGGAAAAGAUAAAAAUGAUUCGGGUUGCAUGAAAGUGUCGUGCUUGAAGUGAAGAUAGUGUGGAGGAGACUGUAAAGUUUCAAUCUUUUCUGUCAUACAGGUUCCAAAGUUGGAAAAAACACCAAAAAGGUAAUUAGUUAACACUUCAUUCACUCACUGGUCACGAUCCAUAAUAGUCCAUACCAAACGCUUCGUGCUUCGUGGUUCUUUGAAUUGGGAGGUUGAGUUUCUUCUAAGCCUGUUGAAAAAGAUUACCAACUUGGGGAGCAGACAGCGGGACACAGUUGGUGUGAAAAGAAAUUCAUUAGCAUUGUUGCAAAGAAUGAGAGAGAGAGAGAGAGAGAGAGAGAGAGAGAGAGAGAGAGAGAGAGAGAGAGAGAGAGAGAGAGAGGUCUUGACUUGACUGAUGUACUAUAUUUUUUGUGUUGUGUGUGUGAACUGUGAAGUGGAAGGGGGACAACAGCGUAUCUGGGAAAAUCGGGAAAAUUCGAUUUAGUUAUGUUAUGUGCUUAAAUUAAGCCAAGAAAAAAGUAAACAAGAGAAAAGAAUAAAAAAGGGUAUAAAAAUUGAACAAGUACAUGGUGUGAGAGAGAGAAGGGGGGCACACUCGGAUCAAGACCAAACCAAAUUGGUUCCAAUUGUUCAUUGUACAGCCACCUUGUUCUCUUUCCUGUACAGACAGAUGAUGAAUAGGGAAGAAAGAUAGGGGCAGAGAGAAAUUGAUGGUGAUAGGUCUUGGGUUGAAGAUGAAGAGUGAGCAAGCAGGGAGCAAUGGAAAGAACACUUUCAUUCAGGCACAUAGGGCAUGGCUUCCCAAGCUUUUGAUGCUGUGGAUCCUUCUCAUGGCUCUAAUUGGUUGGUGCAUCUAUACUAAAAUGGAUGCUGACACUAAAGUCAGAAGAAAAGAGGUGCUCGGUAGCCUCUGUGAUCAAAGGGCAAGAAUGCUGCAAGAUCAAUUCAGUGUUAGUGUCAACCAUGUCCAUGCCCUUGCCAUCCUUGUUUCAACCUUCCAUUACUACAGAACACCUUCUGCAAUUGACCAGGAAACCUUUGCAGAGUAUACAGCCAGGACAGCAUUUGAAAGGCCAUUGCUCAGUGGAGUGGCCUAUGCACAAAGAGUGGUUAACUCCGAGAGAGAAUCAUUUGAGAAGCAACAUGGAUGGGUUAUAAAGACAAUGGAAAGAAAGCCUUCUCAGGUUAGAGAUGAGUAUGCACCGGUGAUAUUUGCACAAGAAACUCUUUCUUACCUCGAAUCUCUUGAUAUGAUGUCCGGGGAGGAGGACCGAGAGAAUAUUUUGAGGGCUAGGGCCACUGGGAAAGCUGUUCUCACUAGCCCUUUUAAGCUGUUGGGUUCUCAUCAUCUUGGUGUGGUUUUGACAUUUCCUGUUUAUAAAUCUAAGCUCCCUACAAAGCCAACAAUGGAAGAGCGUAUUAAAGCAACAGCAGGAUAUGUUGGAGGAUCCUUUGAUGUUGAGUCCCUCGUGGAGAAUUUACUUGGUCAACUUGCUGGUAACCAAGCAAUUUUGGUGAACGUAUAUGACAUCACAAACUUUACUGAUCCCUUAAUCAUGUAUGGGAAGCAAGAUGAAGAAGGUGACAUGUCUCUUGUCCAUGAAAGUAAGCUUGAUUUUGGAGAUCCAUACAGGAAACAUAAAAUGAUAUGUAGGUAUCACCAGAAGGCACCAACAAACUGGAUAGCACUUACCACGGCAUUCUUAUUUUUUGUGAUUCUUUUAUUAGUGGGUUAUAUUUUGUAUAGUGCUGGAAAUCGUAUUGUCAAAGUAGAGGAUGAUUUUCAUAAAAUGGCAGAAUUAAAAGUCCGUGCAGAAUCAGCUGAUAUUGCCAAGUCACAGUUUCUAGCUACUGUCUCUCAUGAAAUCAGAACACCCAUGAAUGGCAUUUUAGGGAUGCUCGGUCUGCUUCUAGGCACAGAAUUGAGUUCCACUCAACUAGAUUAUGCUCAGACUGCUCAAGCAUGUGGGAUGGCUCUGAUAGCAUUGAUAAAUGAGGUGCUUGACCGUGCCAAAAUUGAAGCUGGCAAGUUAGAGCUGGAAACAGUUCCAUUUGACAUUCGAUCCAUACUUGAUGAUGUGCUUUCUCUUUUCUCCGAGAAGUCUCGGCACAAAGGUUUAGAGCUGGCAGUAUUUGUUUCUGAUAAAGUUCCAGAUAUUGUCAUGGGAGAUCCUGGAAGAUUCAGACAAAUAGUAACAAACCUUGUUGGCAAUUCAGUUAAAUUCACUGAGCGAGGACAUAUAUUGGUGAAAGUCCAUCUAGCUGAAAAUAGGAUGUCCACAAUGAAUGGAAAAAUGGAGACGUUUCUCAAUGGACGAUCAGAUGAAGUUGUGCAUGUGUCUAGCGGUGGUUAUAAUUUCAAAACUUUAAGCGGACAUGAAGCAGCUGAUGAACGGAACAGCUGGGACAAUUUUAAGCAUCUGAUUGCCGACGAAGAAUUUUUCUUUGAUGAUUCAGUUAAAAAGGUGGCAAGUGAAUCCUAUGAGCAAGUCACCUUGAUGGUGAGUGUGGAGGACACUGGGAAUGGAAUUCCUUUCAUAGCUCAAGAUAAGAUUUUCAUGCCAUUUGUACAGGCAGACAGCUCAACCUCAAGACAUUAUGGUGGUACUGGGAUUGGCUUGAGUAUAAGCAAGUGCCUGGUUGAACUGAUGGGUGGUGAGAUCAGUUUUAUAAGCCGACCCCAGGUUGGGAGCACGUUUUCAUUUACUGCAGAUUUUGGAACAAUUAAGAAAAAUUCAAUAACUGACAUGAAGAAACAUAACUUGGAAGAUCUGCGUUCCAGUUUUAGAGGGUUUAAAGCCAUUGUGGUUGAUGGAAAACCUGUUAGAGCAGCUGUUACUAGAUACCAUCUGAAGAGACUAGGGAUUCAGGCCAAAGUUGCAAAUAGCAUCAAUAAGGCUGUUUCUUUAUGUGGGAAAAAUUGGUCUUUGACCUCAGGAAUAUUUCAGCCUGAUAUGAUUUUUGUUGAGAAAGACUCGUGGAUUUGUGGAGAGGAUGGGAUCUUCAACGUGUGGCAGCUGGACUGGAAACAGAACGGGCACAUGUUUAAGAUACCUCAAAUGAUCCUUCUUGCAACCAACAUUACUAAUGCUGAAUUUGAUAAAGCUAAAGCAGCAGGUUUCAGUGAUACUGUGAUCAUGAAGCCUCUGAGAGCCAGCAUGGUGGCUGCAUGUCUUCAACAAGUUCUGGGAACGGGGAAGAAGAGACAGCUAGGAAAGGACACGGGUUCAUCUUUUGCACGAAGCCUUCUUUGUGGGAAAAAAAUACUUGUGGUUGAUGACAAUAGGGUAAAUAGAAGGGUCGCAGCAGGUGCAUUACAAAAUUUUGGAGCUCAUGCAACUUGUGCAGAAAGUGGCAAAAUUGCUCUUGAAAUGCUUCAAUUGCCUCACAAUUUUGAUGCUUGCUUCAUGGAUAUUCAAAUGCCAGAAAUGGACGGGUUUCAAGCAACUGGGAAAAUUCGGGAAAUGGAGAGAAAGGCAAAUGAGCUUCUGAUGAAUGGUGAAUGUGGUGAAGGAAAUGGCUGGAAAAAGGAGUACCAUUUACCUAUAUUGGCCAUGACAGCAGAUGUAAUUCAAGCAACGUACGAGAAGUGUGUGGAAUGUGGAAUGGAUGGUUACGUUACAAAGCCUUUUGAGGAGGAAAAUCUGUAUCAAGCAGUUGCAAAGUUUUUCAACCCCAAGCCUACCUCAGACAACUCAUUACAGAAUGGCAACAGAACUGGGAAAGCACCUUAAUAAUUGGACACACUCUCACUACUGGCAUUUUUCAUAGUUUGCUAGUGAUCUGAAUGUGCUUCAACAUACAGAAGAAGAGCUUCGGUUGGUUUCAAGACAUCUGAGAUUAUGCAGUAUGCAUGCAACAUUACACACCCAUAUGCAGUGAUCAUUUCUAACCACCAGCUGAACAUGAUUUCAACCCGAAAAGAUGUAUACCACUACUACCCCAACUAGUGUACAGAUCUCCCAAGGGAUGAGAAAAAUCAUGUAAAUUCAAUAUUUUUCUUUGGCAUCUCGAUACUCCCUAUCAGAAGGGUUUCACUAUAGUCUCUAUUUUUUUAGUUUUGAAAUCCUUUUUUUCUGUAAAAUUGUCUUGUAUAAGAUUUGGUUAGUUACUACUAUUAUUGUUCAGAAGGAAAAAGUUGCCAUAUGUUUUUUCCUACACUUCCAAUUCCUUCCAAUGGCGUUUAAAUAAUUCACUUCAUUCACACAAUGGAAUCAUUCAUCUCCUAUAUCAGACUAGUAACUUCGAGAAGCAAACUUGAGAGAGUUUAUGCGAGGAAAGAGAAGGAAAAAUGCACACGUUCAGCAUGGUGAUGGUGGUGGUAGCCACGUGGCAACCCCAGAAACAAUGUGAAGCAACAUUUGUCAACAGCUGGUAGCAAGCAUAGUGAGGUGGCAACCUCUCUAUAUGACAUGACAUGCAUAUAGAAAGAAUGAGUUAAUGUCUGUAUCAAGUGCAUACAUAUAUAAAUUAGGUAUGUAGGUGUGAAAAUGGUAGAACUUUGAAGAAAUAAAAGAAAUGAAUAUGGAACAGUAUCAGAAUCAGUACGGUGCUGCUCCUACCAGUAAGGAUUCUGUCCAGCGGGAAAUGGAGACCACCGGAGACACCACCGGAGUUGGGUUUGGUGGCGGCGGCGGUGGUGGCAGUACACAAGUCAUAGCUGAAGAUUAUGUUACCAGCAACAGCAACAGCAGUGGUGAGAAGCAGCAGAAAGGAAUCAUAGAGAAAAUAAAAGAGAAGCUUCCUGGGACUGGAUCACAUCAACGCAAGUAGCUCUCACAAUCAUCAACACUGUAAAAUCAUGUCAUGUUAUGUGACAAAUGUUACGCAUGUUGUCUUUCCUACAUAAUGCUAAAUACGAUUAUGUCCUUCCUUCUCUCACCAAAUUAAUAAAACUACUUCUGUUUUAUGUUC